AUGGCGUUCCUCCUCCAGUACUAUCGCGUCCUAGCUUCGGGCCACAUGCGGAAAUUCUACAUUGCUGCUAUGGUCCUCGUGACAGCCUGGGGAGUCUCUGUUGUCAUCAUGUCGCUGGCAUUUUGCACACCCAUCGCUGGGUUCUGGGACCACAGCAUUCCUGCGAAGUGCCUGUCCCAGCAGGUUCUCUAUUAUGUCUUCGGAGCUUGCAGCAUCAUCACCGACGUCAUCAUCUUCUUGCUUCCAUUGCCAGCCCUGAUGAAGCUUCAGCUCCCUCGUUCUCAAAAAUGGUACCUGUUGGGGAUCUUUAGUCUUGGAUUCUUCAUCGUCGCCAUCUCUGUCUUCCGUCUGCAGUUCCUCAACAUCCAAGCAGACUUCACGUACUGGAACGUAAAACCCGCGCUAUGGUCAAUGGGCGAAUUGUCGGCAGCCAUGGUGUGCCUCUGCCUCCCUCCCCUCAAGGCCCUCCUCGCCAGGAUGGGUCUGGUCGUCGCCACCAGACAGGCUGUGUCAUCGAACAACCGGAACAGCCGCAACUUUGGGCCCGCGCCAGCGAGUGUGGCGCAGUCUGCCACUGGCAAAACACUGGAAACUAGCCAGACCAACUCCCCUGGGGAGAAGCCGUCGGCUUUUGGAAACUUCGUCGUGGAGACUGAGAGAGAUCGCAGCGAGCAGAGUACAUCAUCUUCAUUGCCUCCUGUAUGA